AUGGACUAUGAGACUGCCGAUGGCUCACAGUUCUCUUUGCGUGAGAUCUGGUCAGAAGAUGAAGGCAAUCCCGAAUUUCGAGGCACGCACAUUACUGCAUUCGUUGACGGCAAUGCGUACGCGGGCAGAUCUUCAGAGCGAGCUGGUGAGAUGGAUGAUGCGGACGUGCUCCAAUACUUGGACCCAGUCCCCACCGAGAACAUAUUCCCAUUGAUGCCUAAUGACUUUACCGUUGCUCCAGCUUUCGAUGCCUCGAAGCAUUAUCUCAAGGCACCUCAGUUCACGUACGAUGACCGACUUCCGGGCAAUACGUUUGUGGCAGAUUGCUUUUUGCAUGAAGCUGCCGUGCUUGAGCGGCUGAUGAAGCAUCCGCACCCCAGCAUCGUCACGUAUUUCGGGUGUGUGGUCAGAAACAAACGCAUCACUCAUCUAACCCUGAAGCGGUAUCCUCGUACUCUGACCGAGCUCAAAGAUGGGGACUUGCCCGAUACUGAACGGCAGCUUUUGCGCGACAACAUCGAGGAUGGGAUUAGACAUCUUCAUUCCCUCGGCUUGGCGCAUAACGAUCUCAACCCCGACAAUGUCUGCAUCGAUCAGGAUGGCCGGCCAGUCAUUGUUGACUUCGACUCAUGCUUGCCUUUUGGCGAACCACUGAUGAAGGGAGUUCCGCACCUAGCAAGCGACAAUGUAUCACUCUCAGAUGCGAAACAUGACUUGGAGGGACUCCGUAACAUCGAGUGUUUCCUACAUCUUGCCCCACAAGUCGCAGACCAGCCAGGGCGCCUCCCAAGAUGA